AUGGGGAAAGAGAAGAUCCACAUUAACAUUGUGGUUAUUGGUCAUGUUGACUCAGGAAAGUCCACCACUACUGGGCAUCUCAUCUACAAAUGCGGUGGCAUUGACAAGAGGACCAUCGAAAAAUUUGAGAGGGAAGCAGCAGAGAUGGGGAAGGGAUCUUUUAAAUAUGCCUGGGUUCUAGACAAACUGAAAGCUGAAAGGGAGAGAGGCAUCACCAUUGAUAUUUCUUUGUGGAAAUUCGAGACCACAAAAUAUUACAUCACAAUCAUCGAUGCCCCUGGACACAGAGAUUUCAUCAAGAACAUGAUCACAGGGACUUCCCAGGCGGACUGUGCUGUGUUGAUCGUGGCAGCUGGCGUGGGUGAAUUUGAGGCGGGCAUCUCUAAAAACGGACAGACUCGUGAACAUGCUCUCCUGGCUUACACGCUGGGCGUCAAACAGCUGAUUGUGGCCGUCAACAAGAUGGACUCCACUGAGCCGCCCUACAGUGAGAAACGAUACGAUGAGAUUGUGAAGGAGGUCAGCGCUUACAUCAAGAAAAUCGGCUACAGCCCCGCAGGCGUGCCCUUCGUACCCAUCUCCGGUUGGCAUGGCGACAACAUGCUGGAACCAUCUUCUAAUAUGCCGUGGUUUAAGGGCUGGAAGUUGGACAGGAAGGAACAACAUGCAAGUGGAGUCACACUGCUGGAGGCUCUGGACACCAUCAUGCCCCCUACACGCCCCACUGAUAAACCACUGCGCCUCCCACUACAGGAUGUCUACAAGAUAGGAGGCAUUGGCACAGUACCUGUGGGCAGAGUGGAGACCGGCAUCUUACGACCCAGCAUGGUGGUGACCUUUGCCCCUGUUAACAUAACCACAGAGGUGAAAUCAGUGGAGAUGCACCAUGAGUCCCUAAGCGAGGCGUUGCCAGGCGAUAACGUGGGUUUUAACGUGAAGAAUGUGUCAGUGAAGGACAUACGGCGUGGUAAUGUGUGUGGAGACAGUAAAUCUGACCCUCCUCAGGAAGCCUCUGGCUUCACAGCGCAGGUGAUUAUUCUGAACCAUCCUGGCCAGAUCAGUGCUGGUUAUUCUCCUGUCAUUGAUUGCCACACGGCUCAUAUUGCUUGUAAGUUUGCUGAGCUGAAGGAGAAAAUCGAUCGUCGGUCAGGGAAAAAGCUGGAGGACAACCCAAAAAGUCUCAAGUCUGGAGACGCUGCCAUCGUGGACAUGAUCCCAGGGAAGCCAAUGUGUGUGGAGAGCUUCUCUCAGUAUCCUCCUCUGGGGCGUUUUGCCGUUCGAGACAUGCGACAGACGGUUGCAGUUGGCGUCAUCAAAAACGUGGAAAAGAAGAUCGGUGGCACGGGCAAGGUCACCAAAUCUGCUCAGAAGGCUCAGAAAGCCAACAAGUGA